AUGCUUGAACUUAUUGAUGAACUCGAACCAAACAAUGUUUAUCUCUCUAUCUUCGAAAAUCAUUCUACGAUUGCAACAUCUCGAUUAUUACAAGACUUUGAAAAACAUGUAAAGUGUAUGCAUGAAAUUAUAAUAACUAAAUUAAUACUUAAUGAUGACCAAAAAGCGUCUAUGUACAUAAAAGAUACAAUUCAUAAACAUCUAUCUCGUAUUGCUUAUCUUGCUAUGAUUCUUAAUCACGCUUUGGCACCUAUCUUAUACAAAAAAAUUCAUAUAUCUACGAAUGGAAGUCGACGCUUUUCAAAAGUUCUUUUUCUCAAUGACAUUGUAUUUUCUAGUCAAGAUGCAACUCGUGAUACUGAUGGAUAUUCUAUGGGUCAAAAGUUGUUGAUCUGGUAUGGUGGUAUUCGAUAG